ACAAUAUUUCUUCCGGGGUAAACCUGCUUGUAACAUGGUGGCGAACAUGGCAGUAUAGUGACAGUAAAGGUUGAAAAAUUGUCCUUCGUCCUCUUUUCUCCUUCUACUGCAAAACUUUGGAAAAGGCAACAUUUCAGAAACCUUUUUGAGCAACGUCAAUGCAGUUGUCUAAAAAGAGUAAUUAAGAUGGCUUUUCUGGGAAAUAUGAGACCAAUGCUCUCGUCGGUUCUGCAGGCAUCUAAUUCAUUACCCUUCUGGUCUGGACCUGUAUUCACUAGGACUAUGGCCACACUCAAUCAGAUGCACCGUAAAGGUAAACCUUCCCCACCACCUCCAAAGAUCAGUGCCACUUUUGGGCGGCCACAGCUCAAAGCUGUAAUUCUGAAGACCAUGAUAAGGAAACCCAAGAAGCCAAACUCUGCAAACCGCAAAUGUGCACGUGUACGUCUCUCCAAUGGCAAAGAAGCUGUUGUGUUCAUCCCAGGGGAAGGACACAACCUCCAGGAGCACAAUGUGGUGCUAGUGCAAGGUGGAAGGACACAGGACUUACCAGGAGUCAAGCUUACUGUAGUGAGGGGCAAAUAUGAUUGUGCACAUGUUGUAAAGAAGAAACAGUAAUUCCUAUGAUCAGAACAGUGUUUGCUGCAGACUUGCCUAGUUCAAUUCAAAAUGAAAACUCAUCAAUUCUUGCAUGUUUUGUCCACAUAACACAGUUAUGACUAUAAUAACUGGGAUAUCAACAUAGUACAAAUAAUCUAAAAAAGUAACUGUGGAAAUGUGCUGAAAUGUCAGUCCUACAUUGUCUUGACAGAGAUUGUCUACAAGUAGUACUUUUGGUUCUGAUUUUUAAGAACUUGUUCUGCAUAGUGUAAUAUUAUACCUUCAAGACUCUGUCAAAAAUAAAUUAAACUGCUGGUGUUCUCAGUUACUAUUUCCUGACAUAAAAUGAUGUUAGUCA